AUGGAUAAUUUCCUGGACACUUACACUCUCCCAAGACUAAACCAGGAAGAAGUUGAAUCCCUGAAUAGACCAAUAGCAGGCUCUGAAAUUGAGGCAAUAAUUAAUAGCCUACCAACCAAAAAAAGUCCAGGACCAGAUGGAUUCACAGCCGAAUUCUACCAGAGGUACAAGGAGGAGCUGGUACCAUUCCUUCUGAAACUAUUCCAAUCAAUAGAAAAAGAGGGAAUCCUCCCUAACUCAUUUUAUGAGGCCAACAUCAUCCUGAUACCAAAGCCUGGCAGAGACACAACAAAAAAAGAGAAUUUUAGACCAAUAUCCCUGAUGAACAUCGAUGCAAAAAUCCUCAAUAAAAUACUGGCAAACCGAAUCCAGCAGCACAUCAAAAAGCUUAUCCACCAUGAUCAAGUGGGCUUCAUCCCUGGGAUGCAAGGCUGGUUCAACAUAUGCAAAUCAAUAAACAAAAGGCCUUUGACAAAAUUCAACAGCCCUUCAUGCUAA